AGGCCUUCGCCUCAGGAAGAAGGAGGGAGCCUUGGGAGAGGUCGCCAUGGGCUCCUGGAGGGACUGCCAGGCCUGGCAGGAUGCUGGACUUGUUCUUUCAACCACAAGUAAUGAGGCUUGUAAAAUGUAUGAUGCUACACUGACUCAGUAUGUGACUUGGACAAAUGAUAAAAGUCUAGGAGGUAUUGAAGGAUCUCUGUCAAAAUUGCAAGCUGCUGAUCCGAAUUUUUCAAUGGGACAUGUAAUUGCCAAUGGUUUAGUUCUGAUUGGUACUGGGAGUUCAGUGCGGCUAGACAGGGAACUAGAUGAAGCAAUAAAGAAAAUGGUGGCACUCUCACAAUCUCAGCCAUUGACAGAGCGGGAGAAACUACAUGUGUCUGCACUGGAGCUGUUUGCUAAUGGGCAGCUACCUAAAGCUUGUGAUACAUGGGAUCAGAUUCUACAGACCCACCCAACUGAUAUGUUAGCCAUAAAAUUUGCUCAUGAUACCUAUUUUUACCUGGGAAAACAGACAGAAAUGAGAGACUCUGUUGCCCGUGUCUAUCCUUAUUGGUCACCAGAUAUUCCUCUUAGUAGGUAAGACCAGUUUGUUUUUGCUGAUUCC